AUGGGGGAACACGACACUUCUUCACUGGCAAAAUACAAUCGGAAGCACUACAUCAACGGAAAAUUCGUCGACUCGGUCUCUCAAAGCACCUAUACUGUCUACAAUCCGAAAGAUGGAACACUGUUGUCCGAUCAGAUGGCGAUAGCUGGGGCUGAAGAUGUAGAGAAGGCCGUUCAGGCAGCCGAGACGGCAUUCUUCGAUGGUCCUUGGAGCAAGUUCACGGCGGUGCAACGUGCAGCAUGUCUCAACAAGCUCGCGGAUAUUCUCGAGGAGCGGCUCGUCGAGAUUCUGAUACUAGAUUCGCUGGCGUCUGGAAACCCAAUCUCUCUGGCACCAACACGGGAUAGACCCUAUAUCAUUGGCCAUCUUCGAUACUACGCGGGCUGGACGGACAAGAUGAAGGGCGACUACUUCCCCGACGACGAUGGGUUUUUGAAAUUGGUACGACACGAACCGUUAGGAGUUUGUGCUGCUAUAAACCCCUUCAAUUCCCCGAUCGCCGCGUUUUUCUUCAAGGUGGCUCCAGCUCUUGCCACGGGAAACGUGAUGAUCGUCAAGCCCUCUGAAAAGACCCCAUAUGGGACCUUCGCACUGGCUCCUCUGUUUGAGGAGGCUGGUUUCCCUCCAGGAGUGAUCCAAAUACUUUCUGGAACUGGGGAAACUGGAUCGCUCCUCGCAGAACACAUGAGAAUUCGCAAGAUCAGCUUUACCGGAAGUAUCCCGACAGGCAAGAGGGUGCAAAUUGCAGCGGCGAAGAGCAAUCUGAAGCGCGUCACUCUUGAACUCGGAGGCAAAAGUCCGGCGGUAGUGUUCGAGGACGCCGACAUCGACAAUGCCGUGGCAUGGACCGUUAAAGCCAUUCUCGCCCGAUCCGGGCAAGUUUGUGUUUCUGCAACUCGUGUAUAUGUACAGAGCUCCGUCUUUGACAAGUUCGUCAAAGAAUACACGAGCCGUAUGACUGAAGCUCAAGGCAAACUUGGGGACCCUCAGGACCCUGAGGUUCAGUUGGGUCCUCUUGUGGAUGUUGCAGCUGCUGAGCGAGUGGUAGGGAUGAUUGAAAGAGGUAAGAAUGAGGCUCAACUUGUCACGGGUGGAAAAAGAGUUGGUGAUUCGAGGGGGGCUUUCGUGCAACCGACUGUGUUUAUCAAUCCAAAACCCGACGCUGAGAUCUAUAAGAAGGAGAUCUUCGGGCCAGUAGCAGUUGUCAAAGAGUUCACUACAGAGGAUGAAGUCAUUCGGAUGGCAAAUGACACGGAAUAUGGACUUAUGGCGGGUGUGUUCACACAAGACCUGAACCGGGCCCUGCGGGUGUCUGCGAAACUUGACUCCGGGGUAGUGGGCGUCAACUGCGUCAGCCAGAUGAGUCUCCAGGCCCCCUUCGGAGGCAAGAAGGCCUCAGGUCUGGGAAGAGAAUUUGGUGAGUAUGCUUUGCGGGCUUAUACGGAGCCAAAAACUGUGCUCAUCAAGUAA